AUGGUUUCAAUCAGAACACUUGCCAUCAUCUACAACGCCCUGGGCGUCCUGACAGGAGCCAAUGCCUCUCUGUGUAGGCCAGCCGACCUCGCCGCCACCUCUACUGGAAACCCGCACGGUGAUACCCUGCCCUGCCUCAGCUACGUCCCCGAGGCCGAGCUCCAGCUUGAUUCGAUGUGUGGCGAGCAAAACCUGGCAGCACCCGCAUCUUCUGGCAAAUAUAACUCGGUUCCCUCCUCAGACUUCAACGCCUGUGCCGUGUUCUGCGAUGGCACCGACCUCUGCAAGUCCUUUUCAUACGAAGGAGCUUCGUGUCAGCUGUAUCCCGACACAAUCGACCACCUGGAUUGCAAGAAUGAUCAAAAUGGAGCUGUCUGGUACGACAAGGCCUGUUUCUUCUGUCCCAGCAAGGAUGCCGAACCUUGA